CACAAGAUGCGCCGGAAGUCGCGCCCGUUCUCGCGGCUCUGCUUUAAUUAGCUCAUAGUAUUAGCAUGCUAAUGUUUAGCAGGUACAGUGUUUACCAUGUUCACUGCUGCAGAUUAGCAUGUUAUCAUGCUAACAUUUGCACAUUACAGCCACACCACAACAGCUGAGUCAGGUUCUGCAGGAUGAAGGAGGUUGAAGUGGGACAUCACAGCGUGCUGUUGACACGCUGUGAGGGCAAAUACAGUGCCAUCGGUAACCAGUGUACGCACUACGGAGCGCCACUCAGCAAAGGGGUGAUCACAGGCCACACAGUGCGCUGCCCAUGGCACGGCGCCUGUUUCAAUGCCCAUACAGGAGAUCUGGAGGAGUUUCCUGGUAUAGACUGUUUACCCUGCCACGAGGUCAAAAUACUAAACAGCAAAGUGUACGUGUCCGUUAAAAAAAAGACUCUGAGGCAGGAAAAACGAGUGAAGAAUAUGGGAGCUGCAACACCAGGAGACACUCGCACUGUUCUGCUGCUGGGAGGAGGAGCUGCGUCGCUGAUCUGCGCUGAGAUUCUCCGACAGGAAAACUACGGCGGCAGAAUCAUCAUGGCCUCCAGAGACGAGCUUUUACCUUACGACAAAACCCGACUGAGCAAGGUAAUGAACGUGGAGAGCGACACUAUUGUGCUGAGGAGGAUGGAGUUUUUCCAACGUUACGACAUUGAAGUGUGGCUCAGGAAAGAAGCUCAGUCAGUGGACACAGACAAGAAGACAGUCACGUUCGACGACGGUUCGGUCCAGCGCUAUGAUCAGCUCCUCAUAUCAACAGGCUGCAGAGCAAAAGGUCUCGACGUGCCUGGCAUGAAGCUGGAUAACGUCAAGAUGUUGGAGACUCCAGAGGACGCCCGGCAGAUCCACGCACUCAGUCUGGGCUCCAAAGUCGUCCUCGUGGGAACCUCUUUUGUUGGUAUGGAAAUUGCAUCUUACUUGAUCGACAAAGCCUCCAGCAUCACAGUGAUCGGCAGCAGUGAGCUGCCGUAUCAGAACACACUGGGUCGUGAGAUCGGCAGAGCCACAAUGUUGAUGCUGUCAGAGAAAAAUGUGAAGUUCUACAUGAACGCUAAUGUGACGGAGGUCAGAGGUUUGGGUGGCAAGGUGAAGGAGAUUGUGCUCAAAAGUGGAGACGUCAUCCCAGCAGAUGUUUUGAUUGUUGGUAUUGGCAUCAAACCGAACUCAGAGUUCCUGAAGGGCAGCAAAAUACAAAUGGACUCCAAAAACUUUGUCACCGUGGACAAGUACAUGCGCACCAACGUCCCGGAUGUGUUCUGUGGGGGCGACUUGGCCACCUUCCCCCUGAUGAUGGCCCAGAACCAGCUGGUCAACAUCGGACACUGGCAGAUGGCACAAGCUCAUGGGAGGAUAGCAGCUCUAAACAUGCUGAAUAGACAGACUGAACUCAGCUCAGUUCCUUUCUACUGGACGGUCCUGCUGGGUAAAACCAUCAGAUAUGCAGGCUAUGGUGAAGGAUACACUGAGAUUGUGAUGAAAGGAAACUUUGAGGACAAGAAGUUUCUGGCGUUGUACAUCAAGGAGGAUCGCGUCAUAGCGGCAGCGAGCCUAAACUUUGACCCGGCAGUGUCGGCUGUAGCUGAGCGGCUCGUAUCAGGAAAAGUCAUCACAAAGGAAGAAGCUGCAUCAGACGACCUGAGCUGGCUGCAGUUGUCCUGAUCGACGCUCUCCUCCACUCGCGUGCUCAACACAUCAUCUGUUCGAUGUCGACAUGCAGCGUGUCGUUCAUCCGUCUCGCUGUCGCCGCUGAUCUCACGGAGGAAAGUUUGAUCCAGAGAAGACAAACUUCACUGAUGGCGCGGUGUCACAAAAAAACAAAAAAGAAGCAGAAUGCACAGUGAAGUUUACAUUUACAGCGUUAUCCUGUACGUCAUACAGUCAUGUGAGGGCGACUCCACCGUGAAAACAACAGAUACCUCAGAUGAAUGCAGCUUUUGGGACUUCUUUUUUUAGUCUUACUAUUUUUUAUUUAUUCACUAGAUUCUUCUUUUUUUAAUCUCAUGGUCAGGAGACAUCACGUUUAAGAUGCCUCAGUAUGUUCUCUGCUGUUCACAUUUUAAAAGGCGGUGCACGCUGCCGGACAAACACAAGUGACCUUAAUGGCCACAGCGGUCCGGUCAACGAGUCGCAGGGCGGAUUAGGGGAACAGAGGGCGGUUGUGUUCAGCUCUUUGAAGCAGAGAUGCUGAAAUAGGCAACGGCGACAAAACACAGCAGAAGGGAACAAUAGGCCUUCGACAAAUAGCUCACAAAGGCAGUGCGACAGAAACCUGCACAAAAGAAAUGCUGUGUUUUCCUCUCGUUCCCCCCUCCGGCUCUCUGCUGGUUUAUCACUGUCUUUACCUCACACCUCCACAUUUACUCUUUGAUUCACACUGAGCGCUUUUCCCUGUCAACAGCACGCUGCCUCUCAGUUCAACGUGUCCACGGGGGGGUUGCAGGUGUUUCAUGGCCAGAUCCAGUUACGAUAUUUGAGAAUUGAAGGUGCAAGUGACUUUUAUCUUGUACUAACGUUGUAGGUAGAAGAUUUGGAACUUGUAAGACAAAAUUAAACACCUUAUUAAUCAAGUUUUUGAAUGGAAACAACAUAAAAACAAUAAUUAUCUAGAGAUAACAACCAUAUUUUAUAUUUGUUCUUCUUUUACUGGCAGAGGGCAGCGCUGAUAUUACCUGCAACCUCACAUCUCUCAGAGAAUUUACAGCAUAUAUUGUCAACUGUAUCUACCAGGAACCCUUCAAGCCGCCUGACUUUUCAUCCAGCACAUUGCUAUAAAUGAGAAAUGUCACAUUUUAAGAAUUCUCGAGGUAUGAUAAACAUCACUUCUGUUCUCCUGAGGACCGAAAAAUGUUCUGCGCCUCUGAUAAUGUUGAAAAGGAAAAAGCUGCCACACCGAAACAGCUUUCAUGAUCAGUGCAAAGUGAAUCCUGAUGGAGAAAUAACAGAGAUGUACUUGUCAUUUCAACUUCUUGUUUUGUGUUUCACUUUGUUCAUGCAUAAACAAAAAUCUCAGGCACAACAGCUCCGACUGUCUCUCUCCUGCUUUCAUGACUCUCCAGUGUUGAUUCAGUCCAACACACAAAUCUUCUGCCACCUGGUGUCGAGCAGCGGGAGUGUUUCUGACAGGAGCGUAAACCUGGACACCGAAUAAAAUGUCUCUCUUUGUAUAUUCAGCUCAAUAAUCAGGUAAAGAGAUGCAUAAGAUAUGUUUAGCUCACUGGGAUGAAAAAAACGAAGUAAUUCCUGAGUAAAAGUAUCUUGCUAAAAUAUUACUUUGGUAAAUGCAGGUUAGUAAAGUCUGUGAUGUUAUAUUUACUUACAUUUUAAAAGUAAUUUUUGGUCAAUAAAUGUUCCUAAAUAUUAAAAGUACAAAUUACAUAUAUUCACAU